CCCAAAACCGGGAGAGUUAAUACAAUUAUCGAGCUGACUGCUAAACACUUCACUCACCAUUUUUUUUUUGUUUCCUUCAAAUCUCCAUUAACGACUUCCCCUGUUAAAUCCCACAAUUGAUCGCCAUUUCCAGUUUCCUUUCCUUCAUCCAUGGCCGAAGAAUCAGAAUCUGCAUCUGAACCCCACCCUAACACCACCACCACCCCAACAAACCCCCCAUCUACCGACGCCAUUAAUGUUGUACCUCUUCAAGCUCAUUCACCACCCACCAAACUUCCUUCUCGACCCAGAAAAAUCCGAAAGCUUUCCAACACUGUUGAUCCCUCUUUACCCAAAACUCAGAUUUCCACCAUCGUACCAAGAAUUGUUUCUCGUUCACUUUCAUGUGAAGGUGAGCUCGAGUCAGCCAUUAAUUACCUCAAAUCCUCCGACCCAUUACUCUCCCCAUUGAUUGAAACAUACCCACUUCCUACACUCGAACUUUUUCAACCCCCUUUUCUUGCCCUCACCAAAAGCAUUCUGUUUCAGCAGCUAGCGUAUAAAGCUGGGUCAUCGAUUUACACUCGAUUUAUAUCUCUUUGUGGUGGGGAAUCGAAUGUAGUUCCAGAUUUGGUUUUGGGGUUAACCCCACAACAUCUUCGACAAAUUGGGGUAUCUGCUAGAAAAGCAAGCUAUUUACAUGACCUAGCAAGGAAGUACCAAAAUGGGAUUUUGUCGGAUAAGUCAAUUAUUGAUAUGGAUGAUAAAUCCCUUUUUACAAUGCUUACUAUGGUGAAUGGAAUUGGGUCUUGGUCAGUUCAUAUGUUUAUGAUUUUUUCACUUCAUAGGCCGGAUGUGUUGCCGAUACAUGAUCUUGGUAUUAGGAAAGGAGUGAAAAUGUUAUAUGGCCUUGAUGAUCUUCCUAGGCCAUCACAGAUGGAUCAGUUGUGUGAGAAAUGGAAGCCUUAUAGGUCGGUAGCUUCCUGGUACAUUUGGAGGUUUGUAGAGGCAAAGGGAGCAAUUUCAAAAGCCAAUGUGGUGGGGAGUUCUGAUGUUAGUUUACAGCAGCAGAUGUUGUCAAUGCAGCAGCAACAACAUCAACCGAAUCAGCAGUUCUUGGAUCCUGUUAAUGGGAUUUUUAAUGUUGGGAGCUAAGUGAUUUAAGGGGCUAAGGAUGCGAACAACCAAGCUAAGUAUGAAUUUGGUGGAAUUUAAGAGCUUGCUAAUUGGAGAAGAGCGGGUCUGGUGAAGGCACAACUAAGUUAUGCCUUCCAUAUUCUCGACAUGUGCUUCACAAGUUUAUUCCAUCUACUUUAUUGUUAAAUUUAUAUAUAAAUUUUGUGUAUACACAUUCUUGAAAUAAAGGUUGAAAAUAUAAAACAUAGAAGUAUUUGGCUCAUCAGUAAUGACCUAUUGAUUCCAUAGUGAAUUCUUAACCUUU